GAACAAGAUAGUGAGAGUGAUCGCAAUGCAUUAGCAGAGGAAGCUAAUAAGAGUGAAAAAAUGCUCCAUGACAACCAUCGAGCCUUUCGAAAUGCUGUUCUUGCAGCAAAACUUUCUAUCAAUCAGAGGAGCAAAGAUGAAUUGUUUUCCAAAGCUGAAGUUCCUGAUGAGGGUGAAGGAGUUCUCCGCCAGAGGGACAGAAUGAGCCGUGAAAUAAUGAUAAAAAAGUCUUCACAACUAACAGAUGAUCUUCUCACUGUAACUCGGUUAAUAAGAGAUAAUACAGAGAAAAGCAGCAAAACUGUAGACAGAUUAGUUGAAGGGUCCCAAACAAUUGGCACAACUCAGGAAGAACUGAAGACGAUGGGUUCUGUUAUUGGCCAGGCUCGCAAAAUCCUUAAUAAGUAUGGUCGCCGUGAGAACACUGACAAAUUGCUUAUUUUUCUAGGCUUAGUUUUCUUUUUAGCAUCAUGUCUUGUUGUUAUCAGGAACAGGUUCAUAUUUUGAUUAUCAUUCUAAGGUAAUAAAACAAAGCACACAUUCACAAUUUAAUGACUGCUAUCUACAUGCUUUAACUAAUUCCAUUUGUGAACUUCCUGUGUUAGCUUAUAAAGAAUAAAAAAGGAAA